CCCAGAUAAGUUUCAGCUUCAGGAAUGUCUGAACUAGACACACAGCCAGCAAAAAAUCCUCCGGCCCCUCUGCCUCUUGACGAACGUCUAUACGUUCUCAAGCCCGAGACUUCAGCCUUCUUUAAAUCACACACUGGGAUUCACGAUGACGAUGCUCUGAAGAGUCAUAUCCUAGCCGUCCAAGCAAAGGCAUACAAAAUAUUUCCCUAUCCAUGCAUUCGUUUUCUAGGGUUCACCGAGACGACUAUAUAUAAUCUGCCUGCUUAUCAGCAUGUCUUGAAACUAGGCCAAGAACGCAAGGGCGCGAUCUUGCUCGAUAUUGGGUGCUGCUUCGGUGGUGACGUAAGAAAAGCCGUUGCAGAUGGCUUCCCGGUUCAGAAUGUGAUAGCUUCUGAUCUUCACGCGGAAUUCUGGGACCUGGGCCAUGAGCUAUUCAAGUCGACCCCAGAGACGUUCCCAGCGUCAUUCAUAUCUGGUGAUGCCUUUGAUGUGUCUUACCUCGAAGCUGUGCCUCCGAUCUACGAUGCUGUAGAAACUACAGUUCCCAAGUUGAACACUGUGACCACAUUGAACGCUCUUCGAGGGCACAUAUCCGCCCUGCACGCUGCUGCGUUCUUCCAUCUGUUCAGUGAAGAGCAGCAGCUCACAUUGGCAAGAUCCCUCGCGUCCCUUCUCUCCCCUCUGCCAGGCUCCGUCGUAUUUGGCCAACACGUUGGCAAGAAGGAAAAGGGACUGGUAAAGGGGUUUGGCCAUACUAUAUUCUGUCACUGCCCCGAGACAUGGGCUGCUAUGUGGGACGGUGUGGUAUUUGAGAAGGGCACGGUUCGCGUUGAUGUCAAGCUGCAAGAAAUACAGUCUUUCAUAGAAUUGAGUCCGAAGGUAGUGGAACGGAUAUCUGCUGAACAGGAUACAGGUGCGAUAUUGCUCAUAUGGUCGGUGACUCGUCUUUGAAGUCGGCCUUGGUACUCGUUGUAAUAAUACUAUGUCGAAUCUCUAUAUCGAAGUGUUGCCUAGUGAACAACAAAUUA